UCUGCUAACUGCCCAUUGGUGGCAGUAAUAAUAUUUUAUUGCAGACAGAAAUCCACCAGCAAACCAACUUAGAGGGAGAAGAAGAAAAACCAUAACAACGGUAAACAAAGAUGGCCGUAUCAGUUUGUACAGUUUGGUCUAAUUUGACCAUCUUCUGUAUAUUUAUCCAAGUUAUUUUGGUUACUUCCGCUAUAAGUGCAACGAGCAACAGCACCGCGUCCGGGAAAGAGAACUCUACAAACAGAUACAAUCAGGAUAACUGUACCCCCACAGAGCCGUCAGUAACCCCCACAGAGCUUCUUCCUGAGGCCUCUCAGCCUCUGCCUGACUCCGGUACCCUCCUUCUCUCGGUAAUCGGUGCUGACAGGUUGUGUCCCUGUGACGAGAACACGGCUGUGUGUGACAUGAACUGCUGCUGUGACCGAGAGUGUAAUAAGGAUGACGUUGCUCUGUUCACCAGCUGCACGUUCACUGCCGUGAGAAGUGGCAGCAAGCAGCUAUGCAGCCAGGAUAUAGCCAGCUACAGUUUAACGACCGAUGUAUACGGCUACUUAGAGCUGCAAUCGUCUGUUCAGAGAGAGAUCAACUACAACAUUUUCUGCGUCUGGUCCCAGAACUGUUUCGAUGGACUGUCUCAUCCCUCACCGUCUCUUCCAACUGCAGACAACUUUGAUUCCCUCUUCAGUCAGUUUAUCAGCUUUAUAUUUGACCCUGAGGGUGUCGAUGAGGGGCUGCCUGCAGAAGUCCAGGCCUCAUCUGGAUACCAGUUCGGGGAUGUCUUGGCUACGGCAGAACCGAGCGGACAGAAAGGGAUUUUCUAUCUUCCAGCUCAUGGUGUCACUGCUGACUGUGUGAACAGCAGCCCUGCAGUGUUCCUGAAGGACCAAACCAGUCGAUGUUCCCAGCGUUUGGCUCUGGAUGGGGACUGUAGCUCCCUGCAGGCACUCAGGAUGGACACCUACGCUAACGUCCAGCUGUUAGCUGGGAGGAACGCAGAUGCAGCAGUAAGUGUUGUUCCUGUGGAUGUGGCUUCAGUCAUAUUACAGUCCAUAAAGGGCGCUCAAACUGAGCUGACUGUCAGCGAUGGAGAAGACUUCCUUCCUGUUCGCACCACCUCCAGUGGCUGUGCUAACAUGGUGCUGAAGGCUGUAUAUGUGAUUAAGUAUAAGUCAAGUGGUGAACUAGUAAAUGCCAGCGUGUCUCUGGUGCUUGGCUUUGUCAACACCAGCAGGACUCACAACUCACUGCAGCAGGAGUUUCAGGUUAUAUUCCAGGCGGAUGGCGGGGAGCCUACAGUCCAUUACAGUGGAAACCCGGGCUAUGUGGUUGGAAUGCCUCUCAUGUCAGGAGACAGAGCAACAGAUGGCAUCAGUAGAAGUAUCAACCUCAGAGAUACUCUGUCUCUGCUGCAGAGUACUGAAGACCAGGACUGUUUGAAGGGUCCUCACCAGCGCUCUCCUGUCCUGUUUGGUCAGGACUACAUGUCAGGCUGCACACUAAGCCUGGAGGAUAUAACCAACUGCUCCCUCGUCUCCCAGUCGCUCUUGAAUGUUCUGAGAGGACCAAAUCCCCCACAAUAUGUGGCUUCCUUUGGAAACACCCUGUUAGAAAAUGUUCUGGACUGGGUGCCAAUCAAGAGCAACAUGAAUCCCACGGAAGUGCAAAGUUGCCAAAUCCCACUGGCACUUCAUUUAGAAAUAGAAUGGACCAAGUACGGAUCCCUGGUAAACCCCCAGGCUCAGAUUGUGAGCAUAAGAGAAAUGAUUGAAACCAACCAGAGCAGUUUGGCUCCACUGUCUGGUGGCAGCAGCAUUGUACCAGUCAGAAGCUCAGUGGCCUUCAUCCCUGUAUCUGCAGCAGCUGUUCCUGGUUACCGAGCCGCACCCAGCAUUAAUGCCAAACUACCCUUUGACUUUUUCUUUCCUUUUGUCUGAACCAUCCAGUAUGAAUGUGGCACUUCUCUCUACAAAAACUGGCAGUUAUUGUGUAAAUGCUGUUUAUAAAAGUUUCUGUGUGACAAUUUUGAAAUAAAGUAUUUUAUUUUUACAAUC